GGGAAAGGCUCUUGUUGGCCUAUCUGUUAUGGUUUGGAGAGCGCGAAAAGUCUAAACAUGUAUGGCGAAUUAGCACUUGAAUUGAUUAGAGACCUUCAGCGAUCUCUUGACGGUUCUCUUCUAACUUUUAACGAUGAUGGUGUGCGGCAGGUGUUGGAAGAGAUGCGGGCGCUCUUUCAUCAAAACCAAGUUGAUGUGUCAUCCAGUACAGCAGGUGAAACCAGGAUGCUUGCUGGUGUCCAGUUUCGACAUGAUUGCCUCCACAGGAACAAGCGAUUACUGCUAGCUUAUUUAUACAACCGCUUGCAAGUAAUCAGACAAAUGCGAUGGGAAUUUGGGAGUGUUUUACCUGCUGAUGUAAAGCAUAACCUCUCAGAAAAUGAGGUUCAGUGGUUUGGUCGCUAUAACAAGUCAUUAGCAAAGUACAUGAGAUCAUUAGGUUCAGAUGGCUUGGAUCUAACUCAGAAUACAAAGCCUCCAAAAGGUUUAUAUAUUGAAGUACGAUGCCUAGUGGACCAUGGAGAAUUUGAGACGGAAGAUGGAACAAUAAUUGUUUUAAAUAAGAAUUGUCAGCAUUUUUUAUUACGAUCACAGUGUGAACAUCUAGUAAGACAAGGCAUACUGGAACACAUCAUUUCAUGAGGCUGGCAGAGAAGACAAUUCAAGCAAUUUUGGUUUGAUUAAGGGCCGAGAAAGUUCCCAUUAUCAAAUGCAUCAUCACUAAUGUAGAUUAAUAAAUGUUAUGCACAACAAAGUUCAAAAUCAAAACCAUAGAACAAUUUAACUGAAGUUCGCUUGGUAUUGUCGAUGGGAUUUGUUCAAGACAAACAAGAUAUAACAGGGAACUUUUGAUUUGCGUCAACGUAGAACGUAAUGAUGUCACAUUAAUGUAACUGUGCACGUGUGAACGUUGUGCAUUACGUUCCCUCCUGAAAUCUGGAUUGGUUGUUGGCCGAAUGUAUGUUCAGACCAAAAUGAGGACUAUACUUUAUUAAACAUUCCUACAAUUGUACGUAGGCGACAUAUCUGCGUACCCGUUGUAAAAAAUAAAAAUUUAUUUAAAGUAGAACGCGGAAUGCAUGUGACGACAGUCACUGAUUGAGUGAAUCUGUUCUACCAUGGAGGUAUUUUUGAGAUCACUGGGUAACAGAUCCCUUUGACUCGACAAACCAAUGUGUUCCCUGCCAUUGAUUCACGCAUGGCCGUCUAUCAUAUUAUUAACCAUUUUUCAUUACCAACAACCUGGCAACAACAGGCUUUUAUAUGCUUCAACACAAUAGUUGUGCAAUGCGACACAAUAUGCCGUUGGGUGUUAACUCAUUAAAUACCUUUAAAAUUAACAAUGUUCCCCUCCCUGAUUUUUUCAGACUUUUAGAAUGUUACAUGUAUACUUCAGGAACAGAUUCCGCAAAUAAUUUCCAUUGCAAUUAGUUCUACAGUAGGUUCAUUAUAAUUUUGUUAUAGAUUGACUGGACUGUAAAACUAAAAAUUAUUCCGAAUUUGGAUUGAAUUUUCAAAUAGUCCACAUGUGUUCACACUAAAAUAACUUAGUUUAUAAUACAGUAAUCCUCAAUCAUUCCUUGAUUAAUAUCUGUUAAAAUUAUAAUUAACAAGUUUUAUCCAAUUUAUGGAAAUUCAAGUUGAAAUAUACCCUACGUUUAAGGUUCAUGUAAAGUUUCAUUAAAUUCAAAACUCUUUUGUAGAAAA